CUUGUCAAUAUAUUUGACUUUUGACAUUUAAAUUAUAGGCAUCAAUACAAUUGAUUCUUACAACAAACCAUAUCUAAGGGAAUCUAUAUUCAAGAUUCCAGUUAGGCAUAGGAUUUGAAUAAUGGUAUUCUAUCACAUCACAGAUGCAAAACCAGCUUUUAACCAUACAAUAAUCAUAUACAGCUAUUCAGAAGAUUGAACCAGUGAAACCUAUUCUUAUAUAACCCAGAGCCCAGAGGAGUCUGUCUCAUCCAUGGUCUUAACAUCCUCGGUAGUGUUUAUGUUUAACAUAUCAGCUUCUGCAAUAAAGGGGUAUUCACUGAAAGAGUCCUCAGUCCUCUGUAAGAAGAAUAUGGUAUUCCGAUUCUGAUUCUGAUUGCCGUGAUAAGCUUGUGGUGUCCGCUUACUUGUGGUCAUAGCACUCUUUGGAUUGAGUUCUAAUUCUUCUGGUAUUCCACUGCUGAGUUUUUUUACCAUCUGAGUGGAAUUUUCCAAGUUGGGUAGAGAUGUAUGUGGUGGAAAGCAAAGGAGGUGCUAUAGCAUGCAUGCUCAUUGCCUUGUCCUUCCUAGGCACUUGGCCUGCUGUCCUGACUAUGUUAGAAAGACGAGGCCGGCUUCCCCAGCAUACUUAUCUGGACUACUCCAUUACCAAUUUUUUGGUUGCUGUACUCAUUGCCUUCACAUUUGGUCAGAUAGGCAGCGGCACACAUGAGAUGCCUAAUUUCUUAACUCAACUUUCACAGGAUAAUUUUCCCAGUGUUCUAUUCGCAAUGGCGGGAGGGAUAGUCCUCAGCCUUGGAAAUCUGGCCACACAGUAUGCUUGGGCUUUAGUUGGUCUGUCAGUGACAGAAGUGAUCACUUCAAGCAUCACAGUUGUUAUAGGCACAACAUUGAAUUACUUCUUAGAUGACAGAAUUAAUAGAGCAGAAGUUCUUUUCCCUGGUGUUGCUUGCUUCUUGAUUGCGGUUUGUCUUGGCUCUGCUGUUCAUACAUCCAAUGCAGCUGAUAACAAAGUAAAACUUGACAGUUUGCCGAGUGAUAAAAAAGAUGGAGAAAAGGCUUCUAGUGUGAAUCCAAUUGAGAAUUUGUCAAAGGAUAUGGAAAAUGGAAAUGGUUCGGCUGAGAAGACGAAGGCUGGGACUGCAGAAUUUCUUGUACAGCUAGAAAACAGAAGAUCAAUUAAGGUUUUUGGGAAGAAAACUUAUAUUGGACUGGUCAUAACUUUCUUUGCCGGGUUUUGCUUCUCCCUCUUCGUACCAGCAUUCAACGUGGCCACAAAUGAUCAAUGGAACACUUUGAAGAAAGGAGUUCCUCAUUUGGUUGUCUAUACUGCAUUCUUCUACUUCUCAGCAUCUUGUUUCGUCAUUGCUAUCAUUUUAAAUAUCAUCUUCCUCUACCGCCCUAUACUCGGCUUACCUAAAACAACAUUCAAAGCUUAUUUGAAUGACUGGAAUGGUAGGGGUUGGGCCCUUUUGGCCGGUGUCCUAUGUGGUUUCGGCAACGGUCUCCAAUUCAUGGGAGGUCAAGCUGCAGGAUAUGCAGCAGCUGAUUCUGUUCAGGCACUUCCGCUAGUGAGCACUUUUUGGGCAAUACUUCUGUUUGGAGAGUACCGAAAAUCAUCACGAAGAACAUAUGUGUUGCUUAUCAGCAUGUUGUUUAUGUUUAUUGCAGCUGUUGCAAUCCUUAUGGCAUCAUCAGGGCAUCGAAAAUGAGUAUUCCAACUCUAAAUCGUGUCAAGAGCUGAAAAAUACUGCAGUUGGUUGGUAAAACAUGUAGUUUGUUACAAGAUACAAAAAAUAUGGCAGUUACAGAAAGAUGUAAUACUCUGUUUUCCGUUUUCUUGAAAAUUCCAUGUCACAUAGAGAAUUGGUUAGAUGUUUUCCCAUUUAUAGACCGUACAGAUUACACUUUAAAUGAAGGAUGUGAAUUGACAGAGA